AUGGGUCAGAGAACGUCAACGCAGGUAGAUAAGCUAGCUAAAGCAUUCAAGAAAGGGUUAAAUAGUAAGUUACCUGAAGCUCAGAAUACAACCCUCGAGGCGUUAUUGAAGGACAUGCCAGAAGUUCACGAUAGACUUAUGACAUUGUUUAGUGAAAGUAAUGCUGUAUCAGCAGCAUCAGCAAAACGCACUUCGACGGGCGAACAAGAGUUCAAUGAUGAUGAGCAAGGUCAAGAGACUGAUAUUGAGGGAGAAGACGAAUCUCCCUUACAACGUGACAUGGAUACAGAAGAACUGAUAAGGAGAAGUGUUAACGAUGGGUCAGAGAACGUCAACGCAGCAUCAGCAAAACGCACUUCGACGGGCGAACAAGAGUUCAAUGAUGAUGAGCAAGGUCAAGAGACUGAUAUUGAGGGAGAAGACGAAUCUCCCUUACAACGUGACAUGGAUACAGAAGAACUUGAAGUUCACUAUUGGGUUGUACAAGAUCACAAUCUAAAACAUGUUAGUGAACGACCUACUCUACGAGAUGCCCAAGAAGAAGGGAUUGAUCAUCCCAGACUCAGGGCGAUAAUACGUAAAAACUACAACUCCUGUAGGAUUGCGAAUAUAAUCAGAUCAAGCGUUAUGGAUUCGCGCCACUAA